AUGAUUUACAUGAAGAGUAUUGAAUCAACAUGUCAUAACUGUAUAAACUAUGAUUCACAUAAUAAAAUUAUCAAUAAUUGUAUAUCUGGAAAUAUGUCUAUUUGUAAACCUUAUCAAAUAAAAAAUGCUUUCGAUGAACUUUUUAAUAUUAUUUGGAAUACUUAUAUUGAAAAAUAUGAUUUAAUGUUAUCAUCAGAAUACCUUAAUGCAUUUAAUAAAUAUGUUCAAUAUGUUGAUGAUCAAAUCAAAAAGGAUAAAUCACAUAUUACAAACAUGUCUUUUAAAGAAUUUCAAUCUUUAUUAGAAAAUGAUAAAAUAAAUAUUUUAGAUUAUUGUGAAGAAAAAGUAAUUGCUUUAGAAAAAAAACGAUUAGAUGUUAUAAAAAAUUCUACAACAAUAAAUUGGUUUAAAUGGUGGAGAUAUUUAUUAUCAAUUUCACCUGAUUUAAAUAUCAAUAAUAUUUAUUGGAUUUUUAAAACAGUUGAUGAAUUAAAUGCAAAUACAAAAGAUAAAAAUUUUUAUAAAUUAGUAGGAUCUACAUUUGUGAAAAAUCUAAUUAAAUGCAAUCAAGAACAUAAAAAUAUAUGCACACCUGAAAUGAUAAAAAUGUUAGAAACUGAAAUAGAUUGCAAUACUUUAACAACAGAUGGAAUAUAUAAUUCUUUAUUUAAAAAUGAAUAUUUUAAUAAAUUAGUUAAAUUUAAUAUUGAUAAAAUUAAUGAUAUAUAUGCACAAAUAGCAUUAUGA